AUGAUCCAGAAACUCAACGUUGGUAUGGCCGGCUUGGGCCGUGUGGGAAAAUUCCAUGCCUUGAAUUUCCUUGAGCGUACUCCCCGUGCUGAGCUGGUGGCUGCCUUUACUCCCGACCCUGCUGAGAUUGCCUGGGGCCAACAGCACCUGGCGCCCUACGGUGUUACCUUGUAUGAUAACUAUGAUAAGAUGCUUGAGCACCCGGGCUUGAUGGCUGUUGCCAUUGGAACUGCAACUUCAGUGCACGCUGAGCAAGCCAUUAAAGCCAUGGACCACAAUCUGCAUGUUCUCUGCGAGAAGCCCUUGUCAGUUGAUAUCGAAGUGUGCAAAGCUGUGGUCCAGAAAGCAAAGACCAAGCCCCAUCUGAAGGUUAUGUGCGGUUUCUCUCGACGAUUCGACGAAUCAUACCGUGACGCCGCCGACAAGAUCACCCAAGGUUUCAUUGGACGUCCCUCAAUCAUUCGAAGCCAGACCUGUGACAAGUUCGACCCCUCGGGCUUCUACGUUGAAUAUGCUGCGUGGUCUGGGGGUGUUUUCGUCGACAUGGCCGUGCACGACAUCGACCUCACCUUGUGGUUUUUUGGCGAUGACUCUGUCCCCAAGAGUAUCUCCGCCCACGGUAUUACAGCUGUCCAGCCCGAGCUGAAGAAGUACAAUGACUACGACAACGCCGUUGGAGUCGUCGAGUUCCAUAAUGGCAAGAUCGCCUACUACUACUGCUCUCGCAUGAUGGCACACGGCCAAGAAGACACGACCGAAAUCAUUGGAACCGAAGGAAAGUUGACCGUUAACGGCAACCCUCAGAAGAACCUGGUCAACCUCUACUCAAAUGCUGGUAUCACCCGCGAAGUUCCUCCAAACUUCAUGGGUCGGUUUGGUCCCGCUUUCGUGCGGGAAGCGAACGAGUUCACCGCUGCAUGCUUGGACAACACACCGCUGCCUAUGAAGCUGAGCAAUGCGGUCAAGGCCGUUGAGAUUGGUGCAUACAUCCAAGAAUCGUUGGUUACUGGAAAGCAGAUCCACUUUGACGAAAUUGGCAGAAGAGUGCAGAAGGCUCAGCUGUAA